AAGAAGAAGACUAUGGCAACUUAUUACAAAAGCAGUGGCUCAAGUGACAUUUACACCAGACCAAAUCUAGCCGAAUUUGUCCCUGGAAACGCAAUGAUCUACACGAAUCCUGCGAUUUCUUACUCCGAGACGUUUCCUGGAGAAGCUAACAAUGUCUCAGCUUCAAAAGAGAUUCAAGCACUGUCAAGUUUUGGUGGAGCUUCACAAAUGCUGGAGAUUCAAGAUUCUGGUUCUUGGAGAGAUCAAGAAGACACUGACAGAAACGGCUUCCCGGUGAUGAUGCGUCCCACCACAGGACAAGGACUGUCUUUAGGCCUCAGCUCGCAGAUGGAGACAUCGAGAGGCAAUAACAACGAGUAUGCAACACAAGUGGUUUCAGGGUUUACUCGAACCAUACACGACUCAAAGUAUCUCAAGGCAGCUCAACAGCUUCUUGAUGAAGCUGUUAAUGUUAAGAAAGCUCUGAAACAGUUUCAGCCAGAGGGAGACAAGAUUGAUGAAGAGAAAGAGAAGAACCUUCAAGAAUCGAGCAAGAAUCCUGAUAUACCUCAAGGAGAGAGACAAGAACUACAGAGCAAGUUGUCGAAACUGUUAUCCAUAUUAGACGAGGUUGAUAGAAGAUACAAGCAGUAUUACCAUCAGAUGCAGAUAGUUGUGUCAUCCUUCGAUGUAAUAGCCGGAUGUGGAGCAGCUAAACCGUACACAGCCCUUGCGCUUCAGACCAUCUCUAGGCAUUUCCGUUGCUUAAGAGACGCCAUAUCCGGACAGAUCUUGGUGAUUAGGAGAAGUUUAGGAGGAGAACAUGAUGGAUUGGAUGGGAAAGUAGUUGGGAUAAGCAGGUUAAGGAAUGUUGAUCAACAGGUAAGGCAACAGAGAGCGUUGCAGAGGUUAGGCGUGAUGCAACCGCACACUUGGCGUCCUCAACGCGGUUUACCUGAUUCCUCCGUUUUGGUUCUCCGUGCUUGGCUCUUUGAGCAUUUCCUCCACCCUUAUCCAAAGGAUUCAGACAAGAUCAUGCUAGCUAGACAAACAGGGUUGAGCAGAGGCCAGGUGUCGAACUGGUUCAUAAACGCCCGUGUGCGUCUGUGGAAACCGAUGGUGGAGGAGAUGUACAAGGAGGAGUUCACAGACGCAUUGGAGGAGAAUGGUCCCAACUUGUCUUCUGAAAACACACAAGAAACCGCAGAGAUUCAAGAACAGCAGAUCGAGUCUUGUUCCAACACCGUGGCAAGCAGUAGCACGGUGGUCUCUGGUGGUGACCGGUUCAUGAUGGUGACUGAGAUGACAAGAGAUGGUAGUGGUGGUAUGUCAUUAACGUUGGGGAUUCAGAACUCCGACGUGAGAGCUCACGGCGAUGUACCUAUGUCCGGUGGGAUAGAUAAUUACGAGAAUACCAUCCAGUACUUGAACUCCGGUAACGGCCAACACCGGCUCGGAUCUUCGCAGCUGUUGCAUGAUUUUGUAGCUUAA